UCUCCAUUCUCAUAGAAGAAGAAUGUAUUUCAAAGUAUAGCGGCACCGUGGCAGUGGCAUUAGUGGCAAGAUGGCGGCGGACGGCGAGGUGCUCCUCGACCAGGAGAAAGUCCGUAUAGUCUCGAACUUUAUUUUGCACUCGCCCCCUGGUGAAUUCAACGAGGUGUUCAACGAUGUACGGGCGCUCCUCAACAACGAUAAUUUGCUCAAAGAAGGCGCUUCCAGUGCUUUCGCACUUUACAACAAGGACCAGCUCAUGCCCGUUAAGAUUGAGGGCAGCGAGUAUCCAGUCCUUAUCACAGAGUACAACGACCUGGGGAACCAGAGGUUUUACGACUCACGAAGUAAGCAGAGUUUCAAAUAUGAUCAUCUGAGAAAAGAAGCCACUGAGUACGAGGCCUAUGAGCCUGAUAUCACUGCUGAACCAUGGAGGUCUGCGUUGCAAGAGGAGAUAUUGGCUUACACACAGAGCCAUUACAGACACGGUUCCUGCUCUGUUUUUGGUAAAAGUCAAGGAGACAACAUUACUCUAACAGCUUGUAUAGAAGAUCAUCAGUUUCAACCAAAAAAUUAUUGGAAUGGACGUUGGCGUUCAGUGUGGUCUGUGAAUUUUAGUACAAGCUCAGGUGUUGCUGAAUUAAAAGGAAGCCUGAAAGUGCAGGUUCACUAUUACGAAGAUGGAAAUGUUCAAUUAGUUAGUAGUAAAGAGGUAAAGGAAACUUUAACAAUAUCAACAGAGAAGCAAACAGUGAAGGAGUUAAUACGCAUUGUUCAAGAGUCUGAGAAUGACUAUCAAACUGCAAUAUCCGAGAAUUAUCAAAAUAUGUCAGACACGACUUUCAAGGCACUGCGUAGGCAGUUGCCGGUUAUGCGAACAAAAAUCGACUGGAACAAAAUGGUAUCGUACAGUAUUGGCAAAGAACUCAAGAGUCAAUAGAAUUAGAUUUUUUAUGUAAUUAUUAAGAGAAUUAUCGAAGCGCAUUUUUGGUAACACGAAAGUCUGGAGGUGUUAUUGCAUGGGGGCAAAUGUAACAUUACUAAUUGUAAUAAAAACAAACAAUCUUUGGUCCAAGCUCACUCAUGUGCAAUAUGCCUCGAAAUCCGGUCGUCCUAGUGAUUUUCAAAAAUCAAACUGCAUAGGUUAACUAUUUUGUCAAACGAUAGCUCUUUUUGUUGUAUAUUUUGUAUACGAGAAGAACAUUCUUGUGUGAAACAAGAGAUUUGUUCUCUAUUUCGCAAUGCACACUAACUUGCAAAUUAUCAUUAAUAUUUUAGUAUUGAAAAAAAAUGAACAAAGAACUGAAUACUGCACACUGAUCAAAGACAUUGUGUAAAUAAUACGCAUUGGAGAUUUUCAUCUACGAAUAUGCAAGGCAUUUAUGUAUUCGAUAAUUUGUUAACAAAUUUUAAAUAUAAUGGACUUUAUUACCUAACAUAUUAUGAACAUUUUCUAAAGUUCCACUUUUUUCACUGUUUCACUAAUUGCUAUUUAAUUAUAGCUAUACAAAGUUAAUAUUUUUGACUAUAACUUUUACAAUAGUUAACAAUCUUGUGCCAUGUAAAAUUAAUAAAAAACUUGUGGCACAUAAUCUUUGUAGGUGCUACUGCUUACCAUAGCAUUGCACAGCCAGACAAACACGUGGAAAAAAUGAAGUUCAUAAAAGAUUGUAUAUUGUAGAAGAUAGCCUAUAACCUGCUGGAGCCUUAAUCUAUUUUCAUUUUUGUGUUGGAGAAUUAUUGUGUACAUAUGUUGAUGAAAUGUGUGAAUGAAUACGUAAUAGCAAACUACUUGAUUCAUUACAACAUUUCAGUAUGCAUCAUACAAUGACUAUAACUAGUUGUUCAACGACAUCCAUUUUUUCAAAGUGCUCAACUUGUUGAUCUUAUUUCAAAGAGUAUUUCAAAAUAAAAACCAAUUGUCAAGUUUAUCAAUUGGAACUUGAUACACUUAUGUAAAUUAUUAUAAGAAAUCUACAAUAAGUAAAUGUUGUAGACCUAUAACAUAAAUCACACAAUAGUUGCCUAUUAUAAUGAAAAAAUCUCUUAGAAUGAUACCAUCAACCAAGUGUAUCUUGAAUUAAGUUACAAUCAUGUCGUGUAAAAAAUAAUUAGAAUAUGUUUAUAUCGUUUAAAUUAUGUAUUAUUGGAUGUUACUAUUGAGCGAAUAAAGUGAUUGAAACUUUAAUGAAAACAAACGCUUCGGAUAUUGAAUUAAUUUGAAAAUCUUUUACACAAUUUUUUUAAACUGUACCUGUCAUUCAAAGUAAUUUCAGAAAUGAAAUGUAGAUCUUGUUCCAAUAAUGUUAUUACAAGUAU